CAAACUGGGUUUGCCCGGGUUUGUGUUUGCUUUUCGGAGGAGUUCCCAUCCCAAGCCCUAUCGGCGAAUUUUAUUACUGUAGCAGCUUACUAGUUAGCUUCACACGGGGCCUGGGUUUUACUAGGAAAAAAACUGCUAGCUAGCUAACUAGCUAUCUGGCAAACGACCUAGGGUAGGCAGCUAAUGGGUGAACAUGUACACAGCUAACGUUGGCGGUCUGAACUCUUCAGUGUUACUGGAGAUAUUGGGACGAUGAUUAUCACUUUCAGAUGAAGGGAAAAGAAGACCGGCUUGAGAAAUUCCAGGAAAAUCGAAAUAUUGUUGGAAUAGAGAAGACCGACAGUUGGCUAACUAGCUUCUACUGGAAGGCCGGAUACUUUGGGAGGUAACUUAGACAGUCUAGUUGGCUAGCUUGCCAGCUACCUAACUAGCUGCCGAUAUAUUUUUAAAGUUAUACCUCCUGUGCUGGCUGGCUAGAAGUACAGUCGGAUUCGAAUAAAAUCGCUGUUCCAGCAAUUCACCAAAACUUCCUUGCCUGCUUUUGUCUGAUGGAUGCCCUCUCGCAGUUCGGGUUAUGUGAAGAUAAAUGCAUAAUAACUGUGAAAGCACAGGAGCUCCGAGCAGGACUGAGGGAACCACGGCUCUUGUCACUGGUUGAGCGGUCUGGAGAAUAUAUGCUGGAUGUUUUGGCUAACCCUGACGAGGUGGUGAAGAGUCCCAUACCUCAGCUCUCCGUACCCAUCAACGGUCACUUUCAUCUUGUGCAAGAGGCAGAAGAAGCCCUUCUCAUUGACAUCCCAAUUAAUCCCUGCCUUCGGGUGCAGGUUCAAGGAGAGCAGGCCCCUGACGUGCUGCUGGAGCUGCAGGAUGAUAAGCGUACCCAGUCUUUCCUGUCGCAGGUGAAGAAGGCCCAGCAGCAAGUGUCAUCCAAGGCGAUGGACCCCACCGACCCUGUGCCUCCUGCACCCCCCAGAGUCGGCAGCAUGCUUGCCAGCGAGGUAGCCCCUGCCAACUCCCUCUCCGUCAAUCCCAACGCCGGCCCGAUAACCAUAGACGCGGACGGCCCGGGUCUGACUCUGGCUGACCUCGGCAUCCAGGAGCAUUCCAACCACACCCUGAAGGAUGAGGAGAAGAAGAACCAGCAGAACCGGAUCAGCGCCUCUCGGGAAGCUCCGCCUCCGCCGGUGCCCCCACUGCCACCCCGAAAGGGCUCUGCCAACCCUUCCAGCACUUCGGCUUCGAAAGAACGGGCCCCACCCGCUCCGGUCAAAGACAACUCUAUUAUUACUCCGAGCAGAGACAACAGGCUCACGAUGGAAAGGUCGUUUAGCUGGAAUGAAAGCCCUUCCAGCAGCACCAUGAGGCAGGCCAUGUUCUCCAGCCUGGCCGGGCAGCGAGAGGGUCUCAUCAGACACCGCCUUGCCAAGAAGGAGAAGGAGUAUGUGGACAUCCAGAACUUCCGGUUCUUCGUAGGGACGUGGAACGUGAACGGGCAGUCUCCGGACGGCAGCCUGGAACCCUGGCUUCGCUGCGAUUCGGAGCCACCGGACUUCUACGCUGUGGGAUUCCAGGAGCUGGACCUGAGCACUGAGGCCUUCUUCUACCUGGACUCCUCAAAGGAGCAGCAGUGGGUGGAGGCCGUGGAGCGGAGCUUGCAUCCGAAGGGCAAAUACAGACGGAUCCGCAUCAUCCGGCUGGUGGGCAUGAUGCUAGUGGUGUUCGCCAAGAAAGAGCACAGGAGCCACAUCCGAGACGUGGCAGCAGAGACUGUUGGCACAGGCAUCAUGGGUAAAAUGGGCAACAAGGGGGGUGUGGCGGUGCGGUUCGUGUUCCACAACACCAGCUUCUGCUUGGUGAACUCUCACCUGGCGGCGCACGUGGAGGAGUUUGAGCGCCGUAACCAGGACUACAAGGACAUCUGCGCCCGCAUGAGCUUCUCCGUCCCGGACCAGCCGCCGCUGAGCAUCGUCAAACACGAAGUGGUAAUCUGGCUGGGAGACCUGAACUACCGGCUGUGUGUCUACGACGCUUCCGAAGUCAAAAACCGCAUAUCCAAAAAGGAGCUGAAGAAGUUGCAGGAAUGCGACCAGCUCAACAUCCAGAGACAAACACGGAGAGCAUUUGCUGAUUUUGUGGAGGGAGAGAUCACCUUCAUGCCCACCUAUAAAUAUGAUGCCAAAACCGACCGAUGGGACUCAAGUGGGAAGUGCCGUGUCCCGGCCUGGUGUGACCGGAUCCUGUGGAGAGGCAGCAGCGUGAAGCAGCUGGAGUACCGCAGCCACAUGGAGCUGCAGACCAGCGACCACAAGCCUGUCAGCUCCCUCUUCAGCAUUGGGGUCAAAGUGGUCGACGAGCAGCGGCACAAGAAGGUGUUUGAGGAGAUCGUGCGCAUGAUGGACCGGAUGGAGAACGAAUUCCUCCCGUCCCUGUCGCUGUCUCAGCGGGAGUUCACCUUUGAGAAGGUGAAGUUCAGGCAGCUGCAGCGGGCGCGCUUCCUCAUCACCAACGACGGCCAGGUGCCCUGCCACUUCGCCUUCAUCCCCAAGCUGAACGACUCGCAGUACUGCAAGCCCUGGCUGCGCGCGGAGCCCUGCGACGGCUUCCUGGAGCCCAAUGAGACCCUGGAGAUCAGACUGGAGGUGUACGUCAGCAAGGACUCGGUGACCCUGCUCAACUCGGGCGAGGACUCCAUCGAGGACAUCCUGGUGCUGCACCUGGACCGGGGCAAGGACUACUUCAUCACCAUCGCCGGCAGCUACCUGCCCAGCUGCUUCGGCACGUCCCUGGAGACGCUGUGCCGCAUGAAGAAGCCCAUCCGCGAGAUCCCCAUCACCAAGCUCAUCGACCUGGGAGAAGACGGCUACAUGGAGAAGGAGAAGUCCCGAAUAAACGUCCUGGUGGACAACGCUGGGGCAGAGGACAAGCCCUUGAAGAUCCCCAAGGAAGUGUGGCUUUUAGUAGAUCACCUCUUCACCAAGUCCUGCAAACAGGAGGACCUCUUCCAGUCCCCAGGAAUGCAGGAGGAGCUGCAGAACAUCAUUGAAUGUCUCGACACCAGCAUUCCGGAGACGAUCCCCGGGAGCAACCACUCUGUGGCGGAGGCCCUGCUGAUCUUCCUGGAGGCCCUGCCGGAGCCGGUGCUGUGCUACGAGCUGUACCAGCGCUGCAUCGACUGGUCCCCGGACAACCGUCAGUGCAGACAGCUGAUUACCCAGCUUCCCCGGGCUCACCGCAACGUGUUCCGGUACCUCAUGGCCUUCCUGAGGGAGCUGCUCAAGUUCUCCCACCAAAACAACCUCACUCCCAGCCUCAUAGCUCCCUUAUUCGCUAGCCUUCUGAUCCGGCCCCCGCCCAACCUGAUGGGCAGGCAGACGCCGCAGGACCGCCAAAAAGCCAUCGACUUCAUCCUGGGGUUCCUCAUGGCUGGAGACGACGAGUAGUCGGGAGCAGGAGGACCCGAAGGAGGCGCGGCCGGGGACAAGCGGUGCUCCUGCCUCCUGCGCUGUGGUGGUCACGGUCACUUCGUUGGGAGACCCUUGCAUUCACCGCACUUUACCACAGAGAAUCGCCGUUCUGACCAAUGGUCAGAAACGGCACAUCUGCAUCGUUGAAUUACCCGUUUCUUAAGGAGGUGACAUUAUGUGACGCUGUGUGCCAAAAGAGGCCCUCCCUGUGAUUAUUCUGAUGUGUUUGAAUGUAUGUAUUCAAGUUAGAUUAUGUAGGCAAUGAUCAUGUACGACACUAAGGACUACUCUAGCUAAAAUGGCAUUGGGAACAGUCUGAUUCAUGCUGCUUGUCAGGAUUGUUUUUUCUCCUCGUGGAUUCACGUGUAUUUCAACUGAACUCAUGAACUGAAAGCAGCUGUGAACGCUUGCUCUUAAUAAAAGCGAGCCCAGGGGCUGUUUUCCGCUUGAGACCGAGACAGUCGGCCGCUGAUGAGGACCUCUGUCCCGCCUUAAGGACGUUCAUCAGGUGGCAUGUGGUGACCAACAGCCGUCGUAUCGCCCGAGGUUUUUAUUCUUUCUUUUUUAGCGAACCUUUUGCACCAUUCUUUUUUGUUUUAUUUCUUUUCCCCUCUCAAACCGUCAAUGGACACUUUACAUUCAGAGGUUUAAGGAGACAUUGGAAUAUCAUUGGGAUUUUUAACAAGCAGUUUUAAAAGAUGUAUUUAAAGAUGUGUCCUAUGUAGGCCUGAGCGAGUAGUUUCACUGCCCUGCAGAUCUGAAUCCUCACGGGACCUAACGUGCGUUGGAAUUCCUAGUGACUUCUUGAGCCGUCUGUAUUACAUCACUAUUCUAUCCCAUGAUCCCUUGUCAACCCAUGUGUUUGCAGAUUGUGUACUGUUGGCUGAAUGUCUCGCAGUGUUGUUUUGAAACAAGGCUGAUAGGCAGAGAAAUGUAGGGCUUGCUUACCCAGGAUGUUCUCUUAGCACGUCCCAAGAAACUAGAAGUGUAUCCGUAUUGAACUCAUUCCAUUACUGUCCACUCUCCAGCUGACAUGACCUUUGCCUGUUUCUUCUGCGGUGUCAAAAGAACAUGCAGUGAUGCACAUCGAGCCAUGCCACGUGGUGUUGAUAUCUUAACUUGUGUAAAUGGUGCCAUUGUACGCGGUUUCCCUGUGUUAUGUUCAAAUGUGACGUCGCCUCCGUGUAACUGUGCAAGAACGUGUUGUCUGUCCCCCGUUUGUUCAUGUGUAGGAAUGUGUGUCAUGUCGGUGGAAACAUGCAAAUCCCGCUCUCACAGAUAACAGUGCACUGCAGCCGCAUGUCAGCGCGAGGGAGGUCUGUGACGGCAGGACACCGGCCUCCAGUCAGAGGGGAGCCGCUUGUGGGGCCCCUGUUGUGAGUCGACACAUUCCCAGAAUUCCUUCCUGUGUUAAAGGCACACUUGGCUGGAGGCUUUGAGAAGCAGCCUUCAGAAAAGCCUCUCUUCCUUUACACCGUAAGCCUCUCUCUGAGUAAAGCUCCAUUUCAGUGUGCUGCCUAAUUAGGCUUUGUGCUCUGAACACUUGCAUAUUCCGUUUCAUUUGUGAGUCUUGUCACAGCCAUGAAAGCAGUAUUGCAGAGUGGCUCAUCCCCUGGGUUAUGGCUCGUAUUAAGGCACUAUUCUGGUGGGUGGUGUGGGUGACCCCCACGGUCUGGUCUCUAUUUUGGGCCAUGCAAGUGCCAUCUGCAGCCAGCAGCCCCUAAGGGCCACGCCCACAUGGUUCUAGCGCCUCCUGUGGUUGGGAGGAUUUUAGCCGGAUGAGAUGACGUCGCCUGCAAGUUUGCGUGUUGAGCAACAUUUAAAAUCUUCCUCAUGAGCCCCAACUAGUGAACUUUGCUGCGAUAAGCGAAGGCUGACAUCACAUGCUUCAGAGGAGUGUGUGCUUUUCUGCACUCUUGACAACAGAGGUUGCAGUGAGUGUUGCAGCCGGAGCCUGAUUGGGCCAUGACAAAUUGGUGAGGAAAACGGGAGAAAAGCAUUUUUUUUUUAAUGUAAAAAUGUUUCUCACCAUGGUGUUGCCUUUUUUUGCCACUACAUGUGUACUUGUUUAAAUCCAAGGGUGGACAGUAUCUCACUUGCAAACUAAAUGCUUUGUUGUUGUUGACUAUAGACACGACACCUCCAUGGCUGAAUACCUUCAAGGGCCCAUAUUCUAAUUAAACAUUACCUACGUACAUUUCUCAGUGCUCAGCAAUGCAGAUCGCCAUGGCAGUAGACUUAUUGCCCCAGGAACUGUGUUGCCAGGUGACAGGGCCCAUGCUGCCUUUGUAUACUUGGCACUGCACAUGACAGAGGUAGGAAUGGGGUCCUUUGUAUUGCUCUGACCAGCUACAUAGCUUUGAGUGUUUUUUCCCAGGCUUGCCUUCAGGAGAUGAGGCUUUAGAAGAAAUCGGCCCAUUGUAGAAAGUGCCAUUGGUAUCAUGGGGAUAAGCCUGCCACGGAUCUGUUCCCAUGGGCUAUGCAGUCAGUGUACACAAGGCAGUGCCCGGACCAGACCGAGCAUGCAAUCAUACUGGGAGAUGUCACUGUGUCUGUGUGUGUGUUUGCAGAUGUGGGUGCGGGAGUUCUUUCCUCCCCCAUGGACCUCUGCACAUUUUGGUUGUAGAACGCUCUGUGUUGUGAUACAUAUGCAAAUACAAAAAAAAAAAAAACAAUCCCUCUUGCACAGUCCCCAUAAAAAAGUGUCUGUCAGUUUUUUUGGUACUUUUUAUUUAUUUAAUGGAAAUAAAAAGAUGUGCUCCUUAGGAAAAACACCAA